CCACGAGCAGCCCGGUGUUCACACAGGAGACAUGGGGCCGAGGAGUCACCACAGCCCGGAGCAGGAGCAGGAAGUCCCCCGCAGCUGAGGACGAGGACCGGAGCCUGUGGUUUUAUUUCCGAACCAGUGAAAACAAACGGAACCAAACAACAACAACAUCAAGUUAAAUGACAGCUGAAGUUAUCCGGGCUUUUCUGAUACCAAGGGCAAAGUGCCACACCUUCGUUUAGAGCUACAGCUCCUCGACAAAGCUGGCCAAAUGGGGUGCCGAUGCUGCAGGAUGAUAAAAAGCUACAUCUACGACCCCUCGGUGGCGGUGGAUGUGAGGAAGACCGACUCCGCUGGCAGCUCCCUCUACCAGCCCCACCACCUUCCAGGCAGGGCCCCCAGCAGUGACCCACUGAGCAGCCACGACAAGCAGAAGCAGGGCAUCAACAACCUGGCCUACAGCAAGUCCAACGACAGCACUCUGAAGCUAGAGGUGGACAACAACCACGUCAACCAGAGGCUGCACGCAGCACCUGUAACUGCGAAGGAGCUGCACCAGCAGGCGAGCGGACUACCUGCAGAGGGCGGUCUGUACAUCAUCCAACCAGACGCUGUGGGACCAAGAUGGAUGACACCGAGCCAGGUGCCGGUUUACCCCAAUAUAACGGAGUACGACAACCAAAGAAGCUACAGUGAGUGGGGACAAGAGGGGAAGCGGGGACGUGAGGGGAGGGAGUGGGAUACCUCCAUCAGCAAGUGUGGGAAUGGCAGUGAAAGCCUAUCAGCUGAUGAGAUUGAGAUGGACGAGGGCGUGGGAGGGACGCCAGAUUAUCCGUGCGACACCGGGGACGAGGGUAGCGUCCUAUCGGUGGACAUCCACACCAGCAACCCCAGCCUGUCCUCAGCUGACACCAGGAACGAGCUCAGACUGCGAAAGACUCUGGACGUUUCCACCAUUGAGAGCGGGAUCUCUGUGACGAAGGGCGAGUAUGAGGAGGAGGAGGAGGAGGCUAGGGACGAGGAGGAGGAGGUGCAGAGCGUCACAGACUCAAUGGUGGCCGAGGCUCUAGCUGCCCUCGAAGCCGCCACAGCUGGGGAGGAAUUUGAUUGACGGACAACUCCGCUUUCACUCACUUAUUGAUCUCUUGACUCAGAUUUAAAUGCGACUUGACAGAGUGAAACAACUCUGUGGUUUUAAUCAGCAACGAAUGAAGGAAAACUCUGUUUACAGACAAACAGAUGUAUUUUUGAACUGGAAUGUUUUUCUGUCUUGGUCACACUGAAGGAGGAGAAUGCCUGCCCCUGUGAACAAGGCAAUAAGCUGCGAGGUUUUCAUGAAGCCACAAAUAAAGAGACACCAGUGUGUAGACUGUGAAUUUCGCCUGCUGCCAUAUCAGCCUGUUCGUCCUGUUUAACACUCCACAGUUCUACUACGUCUGUGAACUCAGUCCCUGCUUUGCUCGUACUCCUGUAAGAUUAACGUCUUACCUGCUUCUAUCACAUUUUGGACCAUCGGUAUGCUAAUUGAUAGCAUACAGCAUCAGUUUUUCCUGAAUUAAUAUGCCAUAUCUUGCUCUCUUCAGGAAUCUCGUCCUUGUUUCACUCAAACAGGAAAGGUCAUUAUUGCAUUUUUUUUUUUUUAUAUGCCGCCCAUGUUUGUGUUCCCAUUUUAUCUUCUUUUGUUAUUUAUGAUAUCUACACCCACGUCAUUUUUGAUCUAUUGUGACAGGACACGCAAACACCUUGAUUGUAGCUUGAAUCCACUCACGAGUCAGUUUUGAUUUCCUCACAAUGUAAGAGAUUAAUAAAAUAGCUACUUGCAAAGUUAGGAAUUAGUUUACGAACUGUGCUCAUCAGACACACUGUGUAUUUUUGGCGUGAGACCAUGUCAUGUGGCGGAAUAUGAGCAGACGGAUUUACCUUUAAAAGUCGGAGCAGGUUAAGAUAAAAUGGUUCACCUAAUAAAUCACCUGCCAAGUCCUUUUUAAAGCACUUGCCCUUUCCGAGAUGGUUCUGUGUGACCCACCACCUGACGUGUCAAAAUAUUGAUUCACCCUGUUUAUUUUUUAUAUUUCUAUAGGUCAGGAUUUGUGUUUCUACUCUGGCCUGUGACAUUAGUUCAACUCAGAUUUUGCUUAUGUGCCUUAUAAUGAACUAAUUGAGGCCAGUCGGUGCAGUGGAAAUUGCACAUAUGGCUUUUUUUUUUAAGUUUUCAGCAUUUCUAAGCUAAAUCCUCUGUUUGCUCAAUGAAGUUCUGAAUCUGCUUCAGUGCAGCUCCAGUUAUCAGUCAUCGUGUGCCUGCCAAAUCAUUUCUUCUUAUUGUAUUUUUAUUGUAAAAUAAAGAAAUGUACUUAAAAAA